AUGGAACCUUCCGUCGAAACCACACCCACGAGCUUCGGCCUCACAAGAGAAACUAUCGCUCCUGAUCCCAGCUUUGGUGGGCAAAUUGACAGCGAUAAAGCAACCUCGGAGAUUGCCUACCCGCGUUCAUGGCGCCUCGGCCUCGUCACAGCUUCUCUCUGUCUGGGUACUCUACUUGUUGCUAUCGACACCACCAUCAUCACCGUUGCCGUUCCGAAAAUAUCUACAUACUUCAAGGCGUUUGAAGAUAUACAGUGGUACGGCUCGGCAUAUCUUCUCACAGUUACCGCCUUCCAGCCUGCUUUUGGGAGCAUAUACCGAUACUUCAGCGCGAAAGAAGUCUAUCUCCUCUCUAUUCUGAUAUUUGAGGCCGGCUCCGUUCUCUGUGCCGCCGCACCCAGCUCCUCAGUUUUUAUCGUCGGUCGAGCGGUGGCUGGGAUAGGGGCGGCAGGUUUAUACCAGGGAGCAUUAGCUGUGGUUGGGCUCACGGUAGAACUCACAAAGCGACCACUAUACCUCGGGAUAGUGCUUAGCGUCUUUGGUAUUGCAGUUUGUUUCGGACCACCACUAGGAGGGGUGUUCACCGACCAUUCUUCAUGGCGCUGGUGUUUCUGGAUUAACUUGCCGAUAGGAGCCGUUUCGACCACCCUCGUAGUCGCGUUUCUUCGAAUUGGAAAACAGGGGCAAGUUAAGUCAUUACCAUGGCAGAAAAGGCUCAGAAAGCUCGAUCUCCUAGGAAUUACCGCUAUUGUAGGCGCCGUUACAUGCUUAAUACUAGCGCUUCAAUGGGGCCAGCAAUCUGGACACUGGGGACAGUCUAAAGUUAUUGGAGCUUUCGUUGGUGCGUUACUCUUGGUGGCCGCAUUCGGUUUCGUUCAAUGGAAGAAAGAGAACUCAGCAACGAUCCCCCUGCGAAUCCUUGGGCAGCGAUCCAUCUUCAUGGGAGCAGCAUAUCUCUUCUUUCUCGAAAUGGCGAUCUACGUUGACCUUUUUUACAUACCCUUUUACUUUCAAUCGGCGCAGCUUAUCUCAGCGACUUCAAGUGGGGUGAAGGCGAUGCCUUUGGGACUGGCCCAGAUUGUUGCCAUUGUCGUAGUGGGAGCCUUUGCAACGCGAUGGGGAUACUAUGUCCCCUACAUGGUGCUGGGUCAGAUUGUAGCAAUCAUUGGGACCGUUUUACUCACCCGAAUAUCCAUCACGACGCCUUACCCGGUGAUUGCGGUCUACCUGGUUAUUUCCGGUAUUGGAUUUGGUAUGGGUCUUCAGAUGCCCUUCACUGGUGUGCAGGCCGUCCUAAGCGACGAUGAAGUGCCCAUUGGCAACGCAAUCAUGAUCUUCUUCUCACAGCUUGGAGCGGCAAUCGCAAUCGCAAUCGCGCAGAGUGUAUUAUCCACUAGUCUUCAACGUGACAUCACAAGGAAACUGCACAACCCCGAAGUGGGUCAUCUCGACCCAGCUCUCGUCCUUGGAGCCGGUCCGACAGGUCUGAAGGCGUUCACGCAUGACCCUGCAAUCCUGAAGUUCCUACAGGAUUGCUACGCUGAUGCAGUGAGGAACACAUUAUUCGUCGCUUUGGCGACUGCUGCAGUGGCUGUACCGUUUGCGCUUGGUAUGCAGUGGCUUAACGUCAAGAAAAUUGAUAAAGCAACACGAGAGAGGGGCAACAUGGCGUCUCGACCUUGCAACCAAGACCUAGUGUCAGAUACGGAGAAGCCGGCCUGA